AUUGGGGCUCAGCGUCCCUCCCCGUUCCCCCUCCCCGCCGCCGCCGCGGCCGAGCUCGGCGUCCCAGGGCAGCCCGGGGCGGCGGCGGCUCCGUGCGCCAGGGCCCGGCAUGGCACCGCGCGGCGGCCCCGCUGGCAGGAGUUGACCGGUGGAUGAGAAAGCAUUGCUUUCCCACUCUGCUACAAAGUCCCAACCCUCCUUGAUUUGGCAGAAGUGGAUGUCUGCCCAUCCCGUAGGCAUGGCUCACCUGAGAGAAUUUGCCAGCCAGCACUCCAGGGUGGAUCCUGAGGAGCUGUUCACCAAGCUGGAGCGGAUCGGCAAAGGAUCCUUUGGGGAAGUGUAUAAAGGGAUUGACAACCGCACCAAGGAGGUGGUCGCUAUCAAGAUCAUUGAUCUGGAGGAGGCUGAGGAUGAAAUUGAGGACAUUCAGCAGGAGAUUACGGUGCUCAGCCAGUGCGAUAGUCCGUACAUCACUCGGUACUAUGGCUCCUACUUGAAGGGCACUAAGCUGUGGAUAAUCAUGGAGUACCUAGGAGGAGGUUCAGCUCUGGAUUUGCUGAAGCCAGGACCCCUGGAGGAGACUUACAUAGCUACUAUCCUGAGAGAGAUCCUAAAGGGUUUGGAUUAUCUACACUCGGAGAGGAAGAUCCACAGGGACAUCAAAGCUGCCAAUGUACUGCUUUCGGAACAAGGAGAUGUGAAAUUGGCUGACUUUGGGGUGGCUGGACAGCUGACAGACACACAGAUCAAGAGAAACACCUUUGUGGGGACUCCGUUCUGGAUGGCACCAGAGGUCAUCAAACAGUCUGCUUAUGACUUCAAGGCAGACAUCUGGUCUCUUGGAAUUACAGCCAUUGAACUAGCAAAGGGAGAGCCUCCAAAUUCUGACUUGCAUCCUAUGAGGGUUCUUUUCCUGAUCCCCAAAAAUAACCCUCCAACACUUGAGGGUCACCACAGCAAGCCUUUCAAGGAGUUUGUGGAAGCCUGCCUCAAUAAGGAUCCUAGAUUUAGGCCGACAGCUAAAGAGUUGCUAAAGCACAAGUUCAUCACACGCUACACCAAGAAAACCUCAUUUCUAAUGGAGCUGAUAGAUCGAUUCAAGCGCUGGAAGUCAGAAGGCCAUGGAGAAGAUUCCAGUUCUGGUGAUUCUGAUAUUGAUGGAGACACAGAGGAUGGAGACCAGGGUCCAAUCUGGACAUUCCCACCAACUAUUCGCCCCAACUCCUUGAGCAAGCUGCACAAAGGAAUGGCUCUUCAUGGUUCCCAGAAGCCUACUGAAUCCAUCAAGAGGCAACCGCGGUCACAGUGUCUCUCCACGCUUGUUCACCCAGUUUUUGGGGAGCUUAAAGAUAAGCACAAGCAGACUGGAGGCAACGUGGGAGCUAUGGAGGAGCUGGAGAACGCCUUUAGCUUGGCAGAGGAGUCCUGCCCAGGCAUCUCUGACAAACUGAUAGCACACAUGGUGGAGCGGGUACAAAGGUUUUCACACAGCCGGAACCACCUGACCUCUGCCCGCUGACACCUGCAUUCCCUGCUGCUAUUGUGAGGGGGGGAAGGAUCUCUUCCAAUUUCAUCAGAACUACAUCUGUAAUCCAGACCACCAUCCGCUGUUGGAUGUAACGUUGCGUUACGGACUCCAGGACAUUUCAGAGCCUUCAUAUCACACCUCUUUCCAUGAUAACCCAGGGUGGGGUUUGCAAUGCAAGUACAAUUUAGACCUUUUGCAGAACCCGAGAGGGGUGGUCUAAUUGUUUUUACAAUGUAAUCAAUGCAGUUUUUAAUUGUUUCCCUAUGGAUGUAUCCAUUUUGGCUUGGUUUGAUUCACAGCUUGUUAUUGGUAAAUGCCUGGCUGCUGGAAAAGAGGGAGAUUCUCUUCCAUUGCGAUAUGUUUCAAAGGCAAGUCUGAUAGGUUUAGCCUCCUGCCCUUCCCAAAGAAGUGUUUGUGAGCAGUAGCAUGUGAGUGCAGGUAUGUUUGGAAGCUCUCCAUACAUUCCAGCCUCUGGGAAAGUGAGAGCAGCUCUCCAGUUGUUCUGGAGGAUGGCUUCAACUCCUUCGCUCCCUGGUAGCAAAGAGCUUUCUGGUACAGCAGCGUCUGAGCUACUACUGUGCUGCUGUUCUUUCCCAGCUUGUCCUUUCACAGGAGAGUGGGUUUGCUGACUGCGCUUUUUCUUGGCUCUGGGACAUCACUUUGCAUUAGGCCUCGGUUCGUCUGACUCUGGUAACAGCGGACCUGCCUGGGUCUCCAGAGCGGCCACGUUUGGUUUGGGAGCUGUUGGAGUUCCUUUCCUUGCUGCUUUCUGCAGCUGAGGCAGCUCGGUACACAGGUUUGGUGGCCCUGGGCUCUAAGCUGAGCAAAUGCCUACCAUGCAUCCCCAAAUGUUGCAGAAGGAUUUAAAAAGGGUGUGUGGGGAACACCACAGCCAAAGGGGCUCCAGUUCAAAAGGCUGAUACCACGCUGCGGUUCUUGAGGCAAGAGACUCACCCUCUGCAGG